UUCAUUACAAGUAUAGUCAUAGUAGAAAACACCAGAGCUAUGGUCGUGUUAGGGCAGCUAAUCUUCUGCCUGCUUGUUUCUAUCUGCAGCACAUCGCAUAUGCAGGGAGGCACAAUGAGUUUCAUACCCAAAGCCAAAAACAGAAAUGGGACAGUUCAGGCCAUCUUUAGAUUCAAAGAAUCUUUUAAUGGUGCUUGCUCAAGUAAACAAUUUAACUGGCCAUGUGCUUCUGGAAAGUGUGGUAACCUUACCACCACUCAUUUUGAUAAAAUCUAUAGUGAUCCUGCAGCGUCGUGGUGCCAGGCUGAAGGAGUCAUGGAAGGAUCUGUGCCAGAUACACCCUUCUCCUUAAAAGAAAGCAGUUGCUGUUGGGUCUCCAAUGCAAAUAAGCAUGAAAACUUGGUAUUGCUAACAUACGUAGAUCUUGGGACAAGAUCAGACACUGGCAAGCCAAACUCAUCUCCCAUAGCAACAAUAAUCCCUAUUCUCAGGGUUGCCCAGAACUGUCCAACUACUUUCAAACUAUUGAUAUACGAUCCAGAUGGUGACAAAUUAAACUGCAGGCUGGCAACAAAUGGUGAAUGUUCCCUAUGCAGACAACAUCCUUAUUUUGCUUUAAACCAGAAUACAUGCACUCUUUCAUACAAUACUGGAGCCACUACUGGUCUGCAUAUAUUUGAACUUCAAAUAGAAGACUUUCCUAAAAAAACAAUAUCACUGACUUAUGCAAAUGGUACAAAAGUAUAUCGACAGCCAUCUGGAUCCAGCCCACUAAGCAAAAUACCUCUUCAAUUCCUUGUUCAAGUUGAUUCUUCAAUAUCUUCGUGUACAUAUGGGGAUUACAGACCAGCUUUUCUACCCCAAACACCUUCAGAUGGUGCUCAUUUCAUUGUCAAACCUGGACGUUUACUUCAUCUGGAACUUUCUGCUAAAGCAGUCAAUGACAGAGUAACAAAUUUCAAGAUAAGUGGUCCAGCAAACAUGACCAGCACCUUUGCAUAUAACAAUGCUAAUAAUGUAGGACAAGCAAAUAUAACAUGGACACCCAAAGAAGAUGAUAUGGGCAAAGACAUAACCUUAUGUUUUCUUGCAGAGACCCAUUCAGGACAUCAGUCUCAGUUAAGAUGUGUGGUGAUCAUUACAUCAUCCAUAUACAGAUCCUUAGAAAAAGGUGAUGCUGAUAUCAUGUGCACUCAAAAUACUAUGACAGUAACUGUGCGGAAGUCUUUAAUAAAAGGAAUGGAUGAGCAUCAUUUACGUCUGAAUGAUCCUUCCUGUUUGGUGUCAUCUAAUGGAACUCACGUGAUAGCAAGUGUUUCUCUAAAUUCAUGUGGCACAGAGGUUGAGGAAGAAGGAAAUAAUAUAAUUUUCAAAAAUGAGAUUACAACAUUUGAUCACCCUAAUGAAGUAAUUACAAGAAGACAUGAAGUUCAGAUACCAUUCAGAUGUUCUUACCCCAAAGAGAGCAAUACAACCAAUGCCUUUCAUACCCACAAAAAGCCAUAUCUUUUUUCAGAGGCUGGGUUUGGUACCUUCACUUAUGUGUUUGAGUUCUACAACAGCAGUGAUUUUACAAAUAAAAUCAGUCCAUCAAAUUAUCCUAUAGAAGUUGAUUUGCGGGAAAAGCUGUUUACUGACAUCCAAGUGCAGUCAUCCAUCUCCAACAUCCAGAUGUUUGUAGAGUCAUGCAGAGCAACCGCUCAUGACAUUCCAAAUGAUCCUGUACAUUAUGACAUCAUUAAUAAUGGGUGUACUCAAGAUGUUACAGUGAGGAUCUAUCCAAGCAACCAAACAGAAUUUCGAUUUGGAAUGGAAGCCUUCACUUUCAUUGGAGACUACGAACAGGUUUACAUAACCUGCACAGUUAUUUUGUGUAAAUGGGGUGAUGAUCAUACAAGAUGUACCGAAGGCUGUAUAAAUGGAACUCAGAGUAGGCACAGACUAGGAAAGAGAUCCAUAGCUUCUGAAACUCAAAGGCAUUUUAUAUCUCAAGGACCAUUACGACUAGCAAAACGGUCACUGAAGAAUAUUACAGAUAACAAUGUUGGACUACCUUUGAAUCCAAAUGUGUUGACCAUUGCCUUGGCUCUAGUAGCAUCUGUUGCACUGCUUGCAGGUGUGAUGAUCUACAGAACUAAAGUUCCAAAGCAAGUGAAAUAUGAAUCUCUACCUUCCUCUGAGUUCUAAGAGUAAAACAUACAUAAGUAAAUUUGUUAGAUGUGAAAUUUCUGGGAGGACAUGGAAUCUGAAUAAAUGAUACACAAUAAAUAAAUCAUGAGUUGGAAUAAUCCACUUGAUCAUGGAGAUUGGCUGUUUAAGUCACAAGCAUCUACAUAAUACAAAUCUGUUGUUUUAGACUAUAUGCUGUACCAGUGGUAAAUGUAAUUCACAAAACUACCAGAGCUACUUAAAAGAAAAUAAAUUAAUGAAUCCUGUGUAGCUCAUUGACAGAAGCACUACCUAUUUCAAAUUAAAAAGUUUAAAUUUA